ACUAUUUUCCUCAUAAAUUGUGGCGAUAACGGAAAAUACAUUCAGUUAUGUCAGUAGUUCAGGUAUUCCAUGUUAACUAAUAACGAAUAACUCCCUUGUUUUGUCUCGGGCUGCCCAUUGUGUGCUCGUUAUUCGAACGAGCGAGACUUGUCGCCAUAGGACAAUAUAUCGAGACAAUUAAAAAAAAUAUAUAAAGUUCCACGUUCCAAACAAAAUACUAAGUGAAAAAUCCUUGAUCAAGAGUUUCCUCAUGCUUUUACAAUGACAAGUCAAGUGAAAUAGUUAUUAUUAAUAUAGUAGGAAAAUCCCAAGUGAAAGAGAAUAUGUUUGUGUAUAAGUUUUUGGUAUCGUGUUAUCUGUUGAAAGUGGUUAUUUUGGUUUCGCUUUUAUCGUGUUUUAUGGUUCCUAACUGUUAACGUCGUCAAGAGUCAAUACGUCACUCCUUUCGUCUGUUCGAUUAUAUUCAUAUGCUUGCUGUAUAUUGAAAAGAUUGAGAAAGAUUGUGUUUUACUUUUCAUUACUUAAACUAUCCGGUCGUUAGAAAGACAUGUUUAGUGGCUUGAAAUGUCCAAUAAAGCCAAUGCCAAUUGGUAAGUCGCGAUGAUUCAGUGGCAGAAUGGUUAUAAAUCAAGUGGCUCGUGAUAUUGGUGCUGGGCGGUGCUAACGAUUGGGCGAGGAAUGUUUAUUGACGAUGUACGCCAAGGUCGUAAUCAAGGAUGCUUGCCGACACGUGGGUGGCUCGAAGUUCUACGAAGUGAUGGAAGGGAGCAGCGCUGGGAACGCCUGCAUUCCUUCUCCCACGGAAAAACAGGACCCCACCAAACCCACGGAGAGUGAUGACGAAGAAAAAAAGCGCGAUAUCGAUGAGACUACAUUCGCCAGUACGGUGCCGUUGUCCCCAGUGUCGGACGUGGACCAAGAGUGCACCGUGUUCUGCGGCGUCAGCUACCUCGGAGCUCAGAACAUCGCGGACCCCAAGUCGGAGACGGACAUACAGAGGAUCAUGAAGGAGUUGAGCUCGAUGCCCGAGAACAGAGACGGGAUCGCGGUCUCCAUAUCCGUUCCGGUCUGCUCUCAGGGACUCGUCGUCCUCUACCAAGCCGAGAGCAACGGCGUGAUGGCCCGCUACGCGGUCAACCGCAUCUCCUUCUACGCCCGGGGCGCGGCGGGCUCCCCCGUCGCCUCGUGCUUCGCCUUCACCUGGUCCCACGGCGAGACCAAGGAGUCGGCCGUCUACAGGUGCCACGUCUUCAGGUGCCACAUCGCCGAAGCCGUCAGCCAGGUGUCGAGUUGUUUCGCCAAAGCCUUCGAAAGGAUACCGCGCUCCAUGGCGUCUUCUCUGAUCGGCGACUCGAGCGCCGCCCCUUCCAUGACGGGGUCUCUGACCGAGGGCUCGGGCUCGGCCGCCCCGCCCAUGCAGCUCAUGCACGUGCUCGAGUGCUCCGUGGACAUCAAGGAGACAGACGCCAAGGGCUCGUUCAGCCACGUUCCGAAAGAGCGCCUCGGGUACAAGCUGCGAGGAGGCAUCGACAAGCAGGUCACCAUUAACGUCAGGCAGGUCACGAACAACGUGCCGACGGACUCCGAAGACGUGACGCUGUCGUACACCGGAGGCCUCUACAUCGAGAGAUGCUUCGGAAUACUCCUGGCGCCGGGCCGGAGCGUCAAACAUUCGGACAUGCAGCUUCUCGAAAUGGUGAGCGGCGCCGCGGGCGGCUCGGGAUGCUCGGUGUGCGCGCUGUGGAACGCCGGGGAGUCGGCCCUCGCGGCUUUCAACGUCGCCGGCGGGGACGGGGCUCCCUCCUUCAUGUCGAUGGCGCUGGACCUCGUCAUCCGCGGAAUCAGGGAUCCGCUCCGACUGGUCAUAGAGACUCCGGUGAAGGUGUACCCGCCCUCCGAGAGGUUCUGGUAUUACUCCAAGAGGCCCCUGGUGCAGCAGUUCUACAUCAACCUGAGAGAGUCGGUGGACUCCCUGGGCCAGUUGCAGUACGAGGUGGCCAGCGUGGAGACCUCCGGGGAGCUGGACAGGUCCAGGCUGAACCUGCCCCUCUCGCUGUCCAGUCUUCUACCGUCGCCGCUCUCGGCCGCGCCCGCGCCGCCCUCGCCUUCGGAGGCAGACUCAGACGGCGAUGAACCUUUGCUGAGCGGAACCGGCGAAGUGUCCAAGGACUGUGGGGAAGACGUUCUGGAGAAUUGGGCGCAAGUUUUGAGAAGCUGGGCGGGGCCCCGACCCCGAGCCCUGGGACCCUUGGUGCGAGCGGGAGUUCCCGAGGCCCUUCGGGGAGAGGUGUGGCUGCGUCUGGCGGACGUGGACCAGAAUCACAAGUUGAUGGAGACUUACAGGACGCUGAUCAGCAAGGAUUGUCCGUUCGAAGCGGUGAUCCAGCGAGACAUAGCGCGAACCUUCCCCGCGCACGACUUCUUCCGCGAGGCGGGCGGUCUGGGUCAAGACUCGCUGCUGAGGAUGGCCAGGGCCUACGCGGUCUACGAUCACGAAGUGGGCUACUGCCAGGGACUGAGCUUCCUGGCCGCGACGUUGCUGCUGCACAUGCCGGAGGAGCAGGCCUUUUGUCUGUUGGUUCGUCUCAUGUACGGGUAUGGACUCCGGGAGCUGUACAAAGACGGCUUCGAAGCUCUGUACAUGAGGUUGCAUCAGCUCGAUAGGUUAAUGGAGGAGCAACUGUCCGAUCUUCGCGCCCACUUUCAAGAGCUGGGAGUGGAGCCUCACAUGUUCGCCUCCCAGUGGUUCCUCACGGUGUUCACGGCCAGGUUUCCUCUCCCGCUCGUGUACCACAUCCUGGACGUGUUCCUGCUGCAGGGCGUGGACACACUGUUCCAGGUGUCUCUAGCCCUGCUCAGCCGCUGCAAGAAGGAUCUCAUGCAGCACGACUUCGAAGGGGUGCUCAAGUACUUUAGGGUCACUCUGCCGAAGAAGUGUCGGGCGGAGGAGUCGUCUCGGCAGAUCGUGAAGCUGGCUUGCGGCAUCAAGGUCAAGAGGCUGCACAAGUACCAGCUGGAGUACGAGAAGUUUAUCAAAGAGUCGGCCGAAGAGGAGAAGAUCAACGUGGAGUUGGAGAGACUCAAAGUGAUCAACGCGCAACUGCAGCAGGACAAAGAUACUCUGGAGAGGCAACUCGCGCAGAGUCGCAAUAAGUUGGAAGACGCUCGGAAGGAGUCGAGCCACCAUUCGGCCGUGGCGCGGGACUACCGAGAGAUCUGCGAGAGGCUCGACCGGCAGCUGGGUCGUCUGCAGGACUGCACGAAGAACUGCGUUGGCUGCAGUCUGAAGCUGGCGCAGAGGGAGGAGGAGGAGCGCCGGGCGGGCGAAGGCGAGGAGAAGACCUGGAGCGAGACGGAGGCUCGGCUGAAGCAGCGGGUGCGGGAGCUGGAGCUGGAGCUGGCGCAGGUCAAGCUGGCGCACGUGCAGGCGCAGUGCAGCAACCAGGAACUCAGUCACCGGCUGAACUCCGCCCUCAACGAAAUGCAGUCUGCGAUGAACCAGAAGCAGGUCGUGGCGCCCUGGCUCGUCCGCACUCUCGGUUCGAUCGUGGAGGCCGCGCAGAGCAGACCCUCCUUCCAAACGUACCUCCCGAACUCGAGUUGCGAGCCGACGCCGCCCGUCCGCCGGCGGCCCCGGCCCGUCCCGCGGGACCGCGGCGAGAGGCGCGUCUCCGAGCCCCGCGGCCCGGACGUCCUCCGCCGGACGCGGGACCCGAACGCCGAGAGGCGGGCCUCGCUCGUCGAGCCCGGCGUCUCCGGGGGCGAGCGGGAGGCGAACGGGCGGAGCUGCGACGCGACGACCGUCAGGAAUCUGUCGCUGGGUUGACCGAUCCCUGGACGAGGCGGGACCUCGACGACUCGCUCGCUCGUCACCCUGGAGUCUUCGGCCGCUCCGGCGGACGCAGACGAAGCGCGAAGAGAAUAGCCGUAGUCAAACACUGUAUAUAAUAGAUUAAAUAUCAUCACAAUGAUAAUAUAUAACGUUUAGUGGAGAACGUCUUUCAAUAAUUCAGGAAUAGCCGUAGAUCGAAAGGUGUCUCAUGAUUAAUUAUCGUUCUUAGCGCUUCGUUCGGCCGCCGACGUUUGCACAAUUUUAAAAGAGGCAAAACCAGGUUCGCGUAUUUUUGUAAACUAUAUGCUCGUAUUCGCGACUCUGGGGCGAUGUUUUGAAUUAUUGAAAAAUGGGCCCAAACCUAAACGUAAUCGUAACCCACGGUGUGUCACGCUUUGGUAUACUUUGAAGCUCUCUUCGUGAUUUGGACAAUAACCGAGUCCCGCAACGCCACUCGGUGCGAUCGUGCCUUUUCUUUGAAUGCAUAUCGAAUCAUAUUUCAACUAAUGUUCGUCUAUCGCUAACUUUAUUACAGUUUAUUGCUAAUACCUCCCCUUAGAAAUUAUUUGCACGUUUUCCUUGACGAAUCAUUGGAAACUGCAUUCUGCGACUCGAGUUAGAUCCGAGUUAGAGAACCGCUUAAUAUUAUUAUGAUCUCGAUUAAAAUAUUUAAAAUUUAUGUUAAGUAAUAUUUCAAAGUCUUUAAGUUUGCAUUUUUGUAUUAGAAAAAAAAAAUAUCAUUGUGUCUACCGAAGUUUCUCAAGUUUGAUGAAAAUGCGACAGUUUUUUAAAUAAGCUUGUUAAUGCGAGCGACAAACAAAUGUUUCUGGCGUCCGUCUCAAAGCAUUCCACGUUGAAAUAGCUGAAUUAUUGUGAAAGCGUCGAUUAUAGAUAAUUAGUGAUUGGUUUCCGUCUUAUUGUGAAAAUGUAUAAUUUACAAGGAA